CCCAGCGCAUGAAUAGUGGGGUCCACUGACUGCAGCUUUUCACCUGUCCAUCCCCCCACGGCCCCACCAUGUCCGGCUCCUAUGAUGAGGCCUCGCUAGCUGCAGAGGAGACCACUGACAGCUUCUGGGAGGUGGGGAACUACAAGCGGACAGUGAAGCGCAUCGAUGAUGGUCACCGCCUGUGCAACGACCUGAUGAGUUGCGUGCAGGAGCGCGCUAAGAUCGAGAAGGCAUAUGCGCAGCAGCUCACUGACUGGGCCAAGCGCUGGCGCCAGCUCAUCGAGAAAGGCCCACAGUAUGGCAGCCUGGAGCGGGCCUGGGGUGCCAUGAUGACGGAGGCCGACAAGGUGAGCGAGCUGCACCAGGAGGUGAAGAACAACCUGCUCAAUGAGGACCUGGAGAAGGUCAAGAACUGGCAGAAGGACGCCUAUCACAAGCAGAUCAUGGGAGGCUUCAAGGAGACCAAGGAGGCUGAAGAUGGCUUUCGAAAGGCGCAGAAGCCCUGGGCCAAGAAGAUGAAGGAGUUGGAAGCAGCCAAGAAGGCCUACCAUCUGGCCUGUAAAGAGGAGAAGCUGGCCAUGACACGGGAGAUGAACAGCAAGACAGAGCAGUCAGUCACACCUGAACAGCAGAAGAAGCUGCAGGACAAAGUGGAUAAGUGCAAACAGGAUGUGCAGAAGACACAAGAGAAGUAUGAGAAGGUGUUAGAAGAUGUGGGCAAGACCACACCCCAGUACAUGGAAGGUAUGGAGCAGGUGUUUGAACAGUGCCAGCAAUUCGAGGAAAAGCGGCUGGUCUUCCUCAAGGAGGUGCUGCUGGACAUCAAACGCCACCUCAACCUAGCAGAGAAUAGCAGCUACAUCCAUGUGUACCGAGAGCUGGAGCAGGCCAUCCGGGGAGCUGAUGCUCAGGAUGAUCUCAGAUGGUUCCGCAGUACCAGUGGCCCUGGCAUGCCCAUGAACUGGCCCCAGUUUGAGGAGUGGAACCCUGACCUGCCACACACAGCUGCCAAGAAGGAGAAACAGCCCAAGAAAGCAGAGGGGGUGACACUGACCAAUGCCACUGGGGCAAUGGAGUCUACAUCUCAGGCUGGAGACCGUGGCAGUGUAAGCAGCUAUGACAGAGGCCAGGCCUAUGCCACCGAGUGGUCGGACGAUGAGAGCGGGAACACUUUUGGGGGCAAUGAGGCCAAUGGGGGCGCCAACCCCUUUGAGGACGACGCCAAGGGAGUGCGCGUGCGGGCGCUGUACGACUAUGACGGCCAAGAGCAGGACGAACUCAGCUUCAAGGCUGGAGAUGAGCUCACCAAGCUGGGUGAGGAGGAUGAGCAGGGCUGGUGCCGCGGGCGGCUGGACAGCGGGCAGCUGGGCCUCUACCCGGCUAACUACGUGGAGGCCAUCUAGCUUCCCCACCCCCUCUACGUUCCCCCUCAUUCCUCGCCCACCCCCCUUCCUCCCCACUCUCGUCGCCCUCCCCUUGUCAUAGAGUUCCAGACAUAUUUUCCGAUCAAGCUUUUAUUUUUUUAAAAGUCAAAACAGA